CGACACCAUUCUCCGUGCCCAAACCCCGAGGGCUGCCGGCCGCUGAUCUGCCCCCCCGGGCUGCCACCGCGGCCGAGGGGAGCAGCCCCCGCAAGGCCAGCGGGACCCCGCGCCCAGCGGUUACCGGUAUCUAAAGUUUCACUCGCGUUUGUGCGAGCGCUGCUCAGCGUCAGGGAGGCGCGCCGCUGCUCUGCCGCUAUCCCGCGGGCAGGACUUGGAGCGGGGCGCUCGGGGGGCCGCUGGGACCCAGCAAGUGGCGAUGUGAAGUGUCUGCUGCUUGCAACGCUCCCGGGAGGCACGCCUGUCCAACCCCGGGGAGCGCCUCGGCUGGCUCGAAUCUGAGCACGAAAUCGUGCUAGAACAACCAGUGAGCUGUAAAUUGAAGGGAAGAUAAUUUCUGCUUGUGGUGGAAAAGAAAGGUGAACAACCUCCAUGGAAGACUCUCAGGAUCUAAGUGAACAGGCAGUAAAGAAAACGUGUACAGAAUCAGAUGUGUCAGAGCCUCCGAACACCAGGUCUAUGGAAAUGCAAGAUCUAGCAAGUCCUCAUAAUCUUGUUGGAAGCAGCGAUGCACCGGGUAGUUCCAAACUGGAUAAACCUAACCUCAGUAGUACAUCAGUUACAACAAAUGGAACAGGAGGAGACAACAUGACAGUUUUAAAUACUGCAGACUGGUUGCUGAGUUGCAGUACUCCCUCCUCUGCAACAAGUAUGAGAGAUCCUGUGUCUCUUCUUGCAGUCAAAACAGAGCCUAUGAACAGCAACGAAACAACAACAACAACUGGAGAUGGAUCGCUUGACACUUUUACUGGGUCAGUAAUAACAAGUAGUGGUUACAGCCCAAGAUCAGCGCAUCAAUACUCACCACAGAUAUAUCCCUCCAAGCCCUAUCCACACAUUCUUUCUACACCAGCAGCUCAAACAAUGUCUGCCUAUGCCGGACAAACCCAGUAUUCAGGAAUGCAGCAACCAGCGGUCUAUACAGCCUACUCACAGACAGGACAGCCAUACAGCCUACCUACUUACGAUUUGGGUGUAAUGUUGCCAGGCAUCAAGACGGAAAGUGGGCUCUCGCAGACACAGUCACCACUGCAGAGUGGGUGCCUCAGUUACAGUCCAGGUUUUUCCACCCCACAGCCAGGCCAAACACCAUAUUCAUAUCAGAUGCCAGGUUCUAGUUUUACACCAUCAUCCACUAUUUAUGCAAACAAUUCUGUUUCAAAUUCUACAAACUUCAGUAGUUCGCAACAGGAUUAUCCAUCAUACACAGCUUUUGGCCAAAACCAGUAUGCACAGUAUUACUCAGCAUCAACAUAUGGUGCAUAUAUGACUUCAAACAACACGGCCGAUGUCACUUCUUCAUCAUCAUCAACCUACCAGUUACAGGAAUCUCUCCCUGGCCUGACUAGUCAACCAGGUACAGAUCUGCAUUCAGGGGAGUUUGACACAGUACAGAGCCCCUCCACGCCAAUCAAAGAUCUUGAUGAGAGAACAUGUAGGAGUUCUGGGUCAAAGUCUCGGGGUAGAGGGCGGAAGAAUAAUCCAUCACCCCCUCCGGACAGUGACUUGGAGCGUGUAUUUGUUUGGGAUUUGGAUGAAACAAUCAUAGUAUUUCAUUCACUGCUUACAGGAUCCUAUGCACAAAAGUAUGGCAAGGAUCCACCAAUGGCAGUGACUCUUGGACUGCGAAUGGAAGAAAUGAUUUUUAAUCUUGCUGAUACACACUUAUUUUUUAAUGACUUAGAGGAAUGUGAUCAAGUUCACAUAGAUGAUGUUUCUUCUGAUGAUAAUGGACAAGACCUAAGUACCUACAGUUUUGCAACUGAUGGCUUCCAUGCAGCUGCAAGUAGUGCAAACCUUUGUCUGCCAACAGGUGUAAGAGGAGGGGUUGACUGGAUGAGGAAGCUGGCUUUCCGUUACAGAAGAGUAAAAGAGUUGUAUAAUACUUACAAGAACAACAUAGGAGGACUCCUGGGACCUGCUAAAAGAGAUGCAUGGUUGCAAUUAAGAGCAGAGAUUGAAGCUCUGACUGACUCCUGGCUAACAAAUGCACUUAAAUCAUUAUCAAUUAUCAGCACAAGGAAUAACUGUGUAAAUGUGUUGGUAACAACAACCCAGCUUAUCCCAGCACUUGCAAAAGUCUUGCUGUACAGCUUAGGAGGAGCUUUUCCUAUUGAAAAUAUUUACAGUGCAACCAAAAUAGGAAAAGAAAGUUGCUUUGAACGAAUAAUGCAAAGGUUUGGCAGAAAAGUAGUAUAUGUUGUAAUUGGGGAUGGUGUAGAAGAAGAACAGGCAGCAAAAAAGCACAACAUGCCUUUCUGGAGGAUAUCCAGUCAUUCGGACCUCUUGGCUCUCCAUCAAGCACUGGAACUAGAGUAUUUGUAACUGUGUUCUAAAGUUGGCAAUCCUUUUUUUAUAUAUAUAUAUUUCAAGUACACUGAAAUUUUAUGUGUGAUUUAUUGCCUCUGGCUUUACACAUAUGAAUUGUCUUAAGAAGGGAAGAAAUAUUUGGAAUUAAAAAUUCCAAAUUGAAGAAUUCAGAUUGCUGAAUGGAGUUAAAACAUUAGUGCUACGUAAGGAAGCUCUAUGGUCUUAUAUAUGCAACGUUUUUAAAUGAAUUAAAACUGUGGAGGUUGCUGGUACACACCAAAUGAGCCCUGACAGGAGUGAACAAAGGACUCAAACUGGCAAAGCACCAACACGCCUUUUCCAACCGACAAGGUGUUGUUCAACAACAUUCCUCAAAAUGGGAUAUAUUCUCAGCACUGAGGUUUGAACCAGACUUUAGCCUACCUAACCCAGAAAAUCUGAAUUGGAAUGCACUCAGACUGUAUAAUGACAAUCCUGUCUAGACCUGUAAUUUGUGUAAAUUAUUGAUGAAAAUAAUUUACUGUGACUUUAUUAGCAGCUGAUUUUGGAAGUGGAUGCAAUUUUUCUUUCUCUUUUGGGGGUGGCAGGGGAGGGAGAGGGUUAUAUAAUAUUGUCUCUUUUAUAAGUUUGGCAAACAGAAUGUGCAUAAUGAUGUGUUGUGCCUUAAAGAAAAGACUGUGUUUGUGUGUUAUAAUGUAAUUUUGGUUAAAAACUAUGUAGAUAAACAAAAAAAAAAAAAAAAAGCUUUUGUGAUAAUUUUUGACAUGACCAAAUUUGAAAUUCAAAGAAAUCAAAGAGCAGGGCUGUACCAAAGCAUUUAAGUAUUUGUUGCAGUAAGAAAAAAAAUAAUAAAGGAAAGUUUGUGUUUUUA